GGCUGUGGGGCGCUGUGGGGACACUGGAGGGGCUUUAGGAAACUAUGGGGGCAAUUGGGGCUUAUGGGGCGCCAUCGGGACAACUGCAUGGGCUAUAGGGAAUUAGGGGGGCAGCUGGUGGGGCUAUGGGACACGGUGGAGACAAUUGGAGGGGCUGUGGGGCACUGUGAGGUAACUGGAGGGGCUAUAGGGACCUAUGGGGGCAGCCGGGGAGGCUAUGGGGCACUGUGGGGACAACUGGAGGGGCUGUGGGGCACCGUUGGGCUAACUGGGGGGCUUAUGGUGUAACAUGGGGACAACUGGAGGGGCUAUAAGGAGCCAUGGGGGCAGCUGAGGGGCUAUGGGGCGCAGUGGGGACAACUGGGGGGCCAUAGGGCACCUGAGGGAGUGUGGGGCGUUACAUAGGACACCUGGGGGUCCGUGGGACAUGGUGCAGGCAAGUUUAGGGGCAGACAGGACACUGUGGGGCAGGUGAGGGGUUUGGGAUGCAAGUGGGCAGGUUUAGGACACCCUGUGGUGCAGUGGGGGCCACCAUGGGUCUUGGCUGGGCUAUAGGGCCAUGGUGAUGGAGCCAGGCCCGGGGCAGUGGGUGUGUGGGGUGCCCCGCACCUGGCCAAGAGCGGAGCCGCUCACAGCAUCCCUGACAGCAGGGCAAGAGUUCAGAGAGGAGGGUUGCAGAACAGGCAAGGUCAUAUCCCAUUUGGCCUGAUCUGCCACCCCAACAAGGAGCACCUUCUCUACCCGCUGGGAUGUACCGUGGUUAUUCAAGACAUGGCCAGCAAGAAGCAGGUGUUCUUGCAUGGCCACACCAACAACGUCUCCUGCAUCGUUGUCUCAAGGAGCGGUACGUUCGUGGCCUCUGGACAAGUCACCUUUAUGGGCUUCAAGGCAGACAUCAUUUUGUGGAAUUUUUGGAAGAAGGAGUUACUUGCUCGGCUGUCCCUUCAUAAGGGUAAAAUCGAAGGACUAGCGUUCUCUCCAAGCGACCUUUAUCUUGUGUCACUGGGAGGCCAGGACGAUGGCAGCGUGGUUGUGUGGAACAUCCUAACUAGAGAGGCUGUCUGCGGGAGCCCUGCCUCGGCCUGGAGCGCGGGCAAUACAACCAUCGUCAAGUGCUCUGGAUGCAGAGACGAGAUGUUUGUUACUGCUGGAAAUGGGACCAUUCGAGUGUGGGAACUGGAUCUACCAAACAGAAAAAUCCGACCAACUGAAUGCCAGAUGGGGCAACUGAGAAGGGUGAUCACAAGUCUUAAGAUAGCAGAUGACGAUAACUAUUUUUACGCUGGCACAUCGAGUGGUGAUAUCCUGAAAGUGAACACAAACAACAAGCUGAUGACUGAGUAUGGGCCCAAAGAGAAGUUUAGCUUGGGAAUCACAGCUUUGCUUUUGCUGAAGACAGGAGAUUUAAUAGUUGGCACCGGAGAAGGGAUCGUGGCUCUCUGUAAAGGGUCAAACUACAAAGCAAUGAAGAGGAUUCAAGUUCAAGGUGGUGUCACUUCCCUGACAUGCAGAGGCCAGGGACACCAGUUCUUUGUGGGGACAGACAUGUGCCAGAUGUAUCGAAUUAACUACACCGCCUUUAAAGAGGAGCUGAUUGCUGCCUGUCAUAAUGAAGCCGUUCACGACAUCGUUUUUCCUGUGGGAACUUCUGACUUGUUUGCCACCUGCUCCAAAAAUGACAUUCGUGUGUGGCACACCCCAGAAAACAGGGAGCUGCUGCGGAUCAUCAUCCCCAACAUGACCUGCUACGCCAUAGAGUUCAUGAAGGAUGGCAAGAGCAUCAUCUCAGCUUGGAACGACGGGAAAAUCCGUGCCUUCAUGCCAGAGACUGGACGGCUAAUGUAUGUGAUUAACAAUGCCCAUAGUUUGGGAGUGACAGCAAUUGCUGCUACAAAUGACUGUAAAAGGAUCGUUAGUGGAGGAGGUGAAGGGCAGGUGAGGGUCUGGGCAAUUGGCGAGAAAACUCGCAAACUGGAAGCAGUUCUGAAGGAGCACAUAUCUACUGUGUCUUGCAUUAAGCUUAAGAAGAAUGACCAAGAGUGUGUCACAGCCAGCCUCGAUGGAACAUGCAUCAUCUGGGACAUUGUGCGUUCUAUAAGAAAACAAAUGAUUCUAGCCAACACAUUGUUCAAAUGUGUGUGUUACCAUCCUGAAGAGUACCAGCUAAUCACCAGUGGGACAGACAGAAGGAUUGCAUACUGGGAAGUGUUUGAUGGCUCUGCAAUCAGAGAUUUGGAAGGCUCGCUGUCGGGUUCCAUCAAUGGGAUGGACAUUACAUCAGAUGGGGCAUACUUUGUCACAGGUGGUGAUGACCAUCUGGUGAAAAUGUGGGACUACAACGAGGGUACAGUGACUCAUGUUGGAGUGGGCCACAGCGGCAACAUCACCCGUCUCAAGAUCUGCCCUGGGAACAAGUACAUCGUGAGUGUGAGUGCAGAUGGUGCCAUCCUGCUCUGGAAAUACCCGGACUUUCCCUAACAGCUGGCACGGGAGCUGCUGGGCUGCUUCUUCCUAGGCCCGUCCUAAAGGUCCUUUCUGCUUACAGAUAAGGUUGUUUUAAAGCAUUUGUACUGUUAGAGGAGAGAACCAUUUUUCUACUUGCUGGUAGGAAUUUACCAGAUCCUUCGGAUGUCCUUUUUAGCACUGAAUGAAUAGGUCUGGUUUUUUUUUUUCAGCGGGGCUAAGAAUUUCCUCUUCCUCUUAGUUUGGAGUGAAAGUAUUCAUCACUUCUGAAAAUCAUCCCGGCUGUUGUAACACUGGUGUUUUGUUACUGCCACCUUUCCUGGCAGUCUUCUAGCCAAUUCUUGCUUGUAUGACUGCUCAUUUGUGUGCUCUCUCUCGUGUUCUUCCCUGCCCCUUUCUGUCCCUUUCUUUAAUGAAUAACUUGUUGUGUAAAUUCAG